GUUGUAGUAUUGACAACCUAAUUAAAAAGAAGAAGAAUUGAAGAAGUAAGUCAAAAGGAAAACUGUUAUUCAUUUGAUUUGGUUGAAAAUAAAGAUUUGGAAUAUGCCGCCCAAGUUAAAAUUUUCUGAAGGCGAAAAAGUCUUGUGUUUUCAUGGUCCCUUAAUAUACGAGGCCAAAUGUUUGAAAUCGACAAUUACAAAAGAAAAACAGGUCAAAUAUUUCAUACACUAUGCUGGCUGGAACAAAAAUUGGGAUGAGUGGGUUCCAGAAAGCAGAGUUCUAAAAUAUAAUGAGGCCAAUGUAGCAAGGCAAAAAGAAGUACAAAUGGCUCAUUCUGCUCAGCCUGGUAAACCAAAGAAAACAGCCAAAAAGUCCAUCUCUGCUAAACCUGAAUCUGUAAAGGAUGGAGACUCUAGAGCUAGUACACCAGUAGCUGAAUUACCAAAAGCAUCCAAAAGAAAGGAAGUUAAUACACCUUUAAGUGGGCAAGAUUCCAGUUCUGAUAUUCCCAAGAAAAAGAAGGGACGCCUCGAUCCGACAGUUGAGCCAGAAGAUCAGUUUGUGUGCAAGGUUGAAAUUAAAGUUAAAAUUCCUGAUGAACUGAAACCGUUGCUUGUUGAUGACUGGGAUGUCAUCACGAGACAAAGAAAGCUUUUGAAUUUGCCUGCUAAGUUGACUGUUGAUCAAAUUCUGACCAAUUAUUUGACAUACAAAAAAUCCAUCAAGUCAAAUACCUCCAGUAAGGAAUCAGCUACCAUAGAAAUUGUUAAAGGAAUCAAAGAAUAUUUCAACGUAAUGCUGGGUACCCAGCUACUUUACAAGUUCGAGAGACCUCAAUAUGCAGAAAUCCUCCAAUCUCACCCGGAUAAGCCGAUGUCCGAAAUAUAUGGCUCAAUUCACUUGUUGCGCCUGUUCGUCAAACUAGGUGCUAUGCUGGCCUACACCCCCAUGGACGAACGGAGCAUACAGCUCCUUCAAGUGAACUUCCAGGAUUUUCUCAAGUAUUUAGUGAAAAACAGCACUCAGCUAUUCAACUUACAGGAUUACGGGAACGCAUCUCCUGAAUACCACAGAAAAGCGCUGUGAUAUAAGGAUGAACUUGAUUGGGAUAGCUGCGACUAAGGCAGUUUGUAUCGUAAGUUUGGUGGACACUGUGCAACACCGAAAUUGAAGAAUUGCGAUCUCAUAAUUUUUGUCUGGCCGACUGAAAUUGUGUCAUCGUUGUUUACGAUAGUAAUUGUAUCUCUUUUAUUUUUUAUUGUUUGGCUGAGUUGAAAAGGUGAGUAAAGGCUUUCGUUGUUGAGGUAGACAGUUCAGUCAUGACAAUUGACUUGGAUUAACUGGGCAAACAGGUGAAGGUUUUUGAAGAAUUUGAAAUGUAUUUUGUGGUUGUGAGAAGGUCACUUCCCCAAUUCAUAAAUGAAUGAAUAAAUCUAAUUAUUUUACUGUUUUUGACAAUAAGAUGGGCUCUGUUGAAGGGAUUUAUUAGAUCACAAAAACUUUUCAAGACAGACUUAAGAUUGGCGUGAAACAAUUAUCUUUAAUUCAACAAUCAAUAGACUUUCUCACUGCUAGUGGACAAAAUAAGGUAUGUUUUUUUCAGAUUUUUUAUUUUUUGAAUGACUUCAACCUUGAAACUCGAAAUUUUUACUUUAAACUUUGAAAUUUCAAAAAUUCAAUAUUUGUAGCUGAGAAACCAGCGUUUUUUUGGUAUUGUUUUCCUGUAUCACGGUAUAUUUUAAAAAUAUAUCUUGAAAAAUGUUGAUAAUUGGAGUGAAAUUUUUAUUUAUACACAAAAAUCGGAAAGUACAUUAAGAGGCAGUAAUUUAAAAUUCAGAUUAAAAUUUUCUAUUUAUACUUUUUAAAAGCCUGUCACCUGUUUGAUACUUAACUGAAAAUAAAAUUCUCGCUCAAACGUGCCAUUUAACUCGCAACCAAAGAUUUAACAAUGUUUUGAAGAAUGAAUAUUGUCAAUGUUUAUCAAGAAGGGUUCGUUAUUUAAUAAUUGUUGUUUUGAUUGAUUAAUUAAGAUUGUUCUAGAGUUUGUCGUUUUAUAUGAAGACUUUGUGAGGGUAAGAUUUUUGAGAAAAAAAACAUUUUUGUCAGUUUUCACUUCAUUUCUAAAAACUAACUAGUAUUACCAAAAGAAAAAAUGGCACCAUUAUUUAAUCUCUGAAACCCUCUUCAUCACAUGAACAUGAACCAUAUUCCCGACAUUGUCACAAAUAAUCAAAUCAUUACUGUUUCAAAGUUCAGCAAUGUUUGUUAUAUUCAUUAUCACUAUUUCUUGUUGGGUAUUAUUAAAUUAUAGUUUUUUUUAUUUAAUGACUGUAUUUUGUAUCAAAUGAAUAAAAUAUUGAUAUAAAGUG